GAGUCGUACUUACCGCGGAGUAUAGAUAUAGAGAAGGAGCUCCACAAUGAGGCUGUGAAUUUGCAUUUGCUAACAUCUACCGCGCUACUUCAAAACGUUCUCAGUGGUAUGGACGAUGGCAGCGACCAUGGACACAUUUGCCCUCAUUGCGGGAAGAUUUACAAAACUGCGACAACAUUGAACACUCACUGCCUGCUCAUACACCCGCCCAACGAGCAACCCGUGCAAUGUAACGAGUGCUUCAAGGUAUACCCCUCAGCUAUGAGUUUGCAAAAGCAUGUGCAGUAUAUGCAUAAGUUCAAGUAUCGGUGCACAGCAUGUUACAAAAGCUUCGGAACGCCGGAAGUUCUUGAUAACCACAAAUUGGGCUGUUGUAAAUCCGAAACGCUUUGUCCGGAAUGUGGCAAGAAAUGUACAUCCCAGGUGGCUCUGCGUAACCAUAUUGGUUACAAGCACCCCGAAAACACGGAUAAUUGCUGUUUUUCCUGUCGAAGAUCUUUUAGGAGCGUUCGAGGUUUGGCAAAUCACAAUGCCACUGUGCACCCGACAAGCGCGAACGCUUGCUUGUUUUGCCAUCGAACAUUCAAUUCGAAUGCGGCGUUGCAUAGUCACUUGCUGUACAAACACAAGGCGGCGGGCGGCGUACAAUGCGGAGAGUGCCAUAAAAUGUUCUCGAAUCAAGCCAGUCUGGCGCGUCACACGUUAAAGAAUCAUCCGUUCAAAAACAAAAUGUAUGUCUGCGGAGUUUGUAUGUCGGCGUUCGAGGAAGCCAACGAGCUCCAACAACAUGUUACCAAUUCACAUUACGACUAAACGUAACUAGAAAUAAAGUUUUCAUUCAAAUGUCACGUUACCGGUUACCUUAUCUGCUUGCUAUUGCAAUAAUUUUCACGGUUCGAUUUUUUUCUGUUCCUUGAGUAUAUUAUAGUGUUGUAAGG